AUGGGCCUCUACAAGUCGCCGGGCUACGAUCCGCUGAAGGAUCUCAUCCCGGUGUCGACGACCGGCAUCCUGACCAACGUCAUGGUCGUCUCCACCGCCAAUCCGGCCAACACCGUCGCCGACGUGAUCGCGCAGGCACGCGCCAAGCCCGGCGAACUCAACUAUGGGUCGAGCGGCGUCGGCAGCAGCCUGCACAUGUCCGGCGUCAUCACCGAGCAGCGCACCGGCGUGAAGUUGCAGCACGUGCCCUAUCGCGGCGCGCCGGCCGCAGUCCUCGCGGUGGUGAACGGCGAGGUGACGAUGGGCUUCUUCAAUGCCCCGACCGUGGUGGGCCAGAUCAAGGCCGGCAAGCUGAAGGCGCUGGCCGUCACCACCAAGGACCGCUCGGCCAUCAUGCCCGACGUGCCCACGAUGAUGGAGGCCGGUAUCCCCGACUUCGUCGUCGCCACGUGGCUGGGUUUCGCGGUGCCGACCGGCACGCCCGCGCCGAUCGUGGCGCGCCUCAAUGCCGAGAUCGGCCGUAUCGCCCAGAUGCCGCAGGUGAAGGAGAAGCUUCUGGUCCAGGGCUUCGAGGUGCUGCCACCCGACACGCCGGCGGCCGCGCGCAAGCUCAUUGCGGACGAUCAGGCGCUGUGGCUGCCCAUCAUCAAGGCGUCCGGUGCGACAGCGGAGUAG